AUGCAGACAAAAGCUAGUGUGUACACAAAGAGAAAAACCUUUACAGCUCAUACUUUGUCUGUCUAUUGUGAACAACUGUUCUUGGAGUCAUCCGACUCAUCCCUUCCAGUCAACCAGCAGCACUCCCAAAUCAAUUCACCGGUAAUCGGACCCCGAUCAUCACCGGUCGUCUCCAACAGCUCUCACCAAAACCUGCAACAAGUGACCCAGCAGCUACCAUCGAUCCCAGCAAGACACAACCAACAAACCACUCGUGGACCACCAGAAACAGAAGCUAGCACGCCACGGUCACCACCGGGUACUUCAGACUCCGGUGAGUGGAACCUAGUUGCAAUCUCCGGUGACGAAUUCCAACACCGAUCGUAA